AAUUGCUCCUUUUUUUGCUUGAGAUGUUUCGUUUCAGUCGUAGUAAAAUCAGGAAAAUGUGCCUAGCGACUGAAUAACCAAAACUAUCAUGAAGAGAGUCACUCUGUUUGUCAACGGAACGUCUUCCAAUGGCAAGGUCGUGGCUGUGUAUGGAUCAGUGAUAGACCUUCUGUCCGUUGCCAGCAGUAAAUUUGGAAUACGAGCAUCCAGUGUUUUUAACGGAACUGGCGGUCUUAUAGACGACAUCUCGCUCAUAAGGGAUGACGACGUACUGUAUGUGUCAGAGGGGGACUCCUCUAAUGACCCUCUGGGUGACCCUGGCAGUCCAGAUAAGUUCCAGACUCAUACAGACUGGCUGACACUCAAUGUCGGAGGUCGCUGCUUCACCACUACACGGAGCACCCUGGUCAGUAAAGAACCAGACAGCAUGCUGGCCCACAUGUUCAGAGACAAAGAUGUGUGGGGCAAUAAGCAGGACUGUCAGGGUGCCUAUCUAAUAGAUAGAAGUCCAGACUACUUCGAGCCGAUCCUUAACUACCUGAGACAUGGACAACUAAUAAUCAACGACGGCAUAAACCCGCUGGGUGUCCUAGAGGAAGCUCGAUUCUUUGGUAUUGAACAGCUGGCUGAGCAGCUGGAGACCCUGAUCAAGAGUUCACAGCCUGUGGACGACCACUCCCCUCUAACUAGGAAGGAAUUUGUCCGUUUUCUGUUGGCCACUCCCACCAAGUCAGAGCUGCGGUGUCAGGGUCUGAAUUUCAGUGGUGCAGACCUGUCUCGUUUGGACCUGCGCUACAUCAACUUUAAGAUGGCCAACCUGAGAGCUGCCAACCUCACCCAUGCCAACCUUAGUGGUGCCAACCUGGAGAGGGCAGACCUGUCGUCCGCCUGCCUUGAUGGGGCUAAUCUUCAGGGUGUUAAGAUGCUGUGUUCUAAUGCAGAGGGAGCAUCUCUGCGAGGGUGUAACUUUGAGGACCCUGCGGGAAUCAAAGCUAACUUGGAGGGUGCCAACCUGAAGGGGGUGGACAUGGAGGGUAGUCAGAUGACCGGUAUCAACCUCAGAGUCGCCACCCUGAAGAAUGCCAAACUAAAGAACUGCAACCUGAGAGGAGCCACACUGGCUGGCACAGACCUUGAGAACUGUGACCUGUCUGGAUGUGAUCUUCAGGAAGCUAACCUUCGGGGCUCCAAUGUGAAGGGAGCCAUCUUUGAAGAAAUGCUGACGCCACUUCACAUGUCUCAGAGUGUCCGAUAAUCCCCCACUACACACACACAGGUCACUGAAUAUUUCCUCCCAUGCUCAGCUGGCCAGAAAUAUUGCAUCCUCACUAACUAGACACUUCUAGAAAUCGCAGGGAAUGUGCUAGCCCUAGAUUUGAUUCUGUGUCAGAAAUAUUUUAGCUAUUUUUACAACCAAGAAUGACAGGUUCAAUGCUGGCGUUGUGCUUAACCCUGGGCUUUGAUUAAUAAAUAAGUUGUACAUUGA